AUCUGUGUGCUGUCAGUUUAAAACAAUUUAAAAAAUGAGGGGGAUCGUUAGCUGUUGCGUGCUCGUCACCAUCCUGAUCAUGGCUGCCGAACUCCAUGCGUACAGGAAAUUUGGACGCGAUUGUCGGGAAAUUGCAUGUGCUCCGGGAGAAAGAUGCACAAUCUCUAGAGUUCCGUGCAAUGCUCCAGAUGAGCUUGAGGGCGAUCAAUGCGGAACAUAUCCAGUGUGUGAGUCAGAUCAGAAGACAAACGAUUUAACGAUCGAAACCGCACAGACCAUAGCCAACUCCAGCACGAUCAAGACCACCACCCUCCCCCAACCAAACCGAUCGAAAAUCCGGCCGGACAGGGAAAAUGACUUUGAGCUGCUCAACGAUUACGAGAACGUAGAUUCUUCCUUCACUCUUGCCCGACAACGACAGGCCAACGUUCUGGUCAUUGUGCAAGAUGGUCCUCAGCAGUCCCUGCUCCCAAAAAGUGGCCUGGGACAGUAUUCGCCCUGCACUGUUAGUCCCUACUAUCCGUAUAACUGUAACUAUCCGCUCCCAUCUAACGUGCCUGCUUCCGUCCCUAGAAACGUUAGAAUGCCCUAUCCCCAGACCAGAACUGCAAAUAUUCCCCAAUUAGUGUCACCCACCCCACCUUGCUAUUACAAUUGCUAUCCCAGACGACCUCAGAGUCCCUUUGCUCAGUAUGGAUACCCCCUUGUCCGAUCCACCAAUCCCGUCUCAUCGGCCAACAAUUAUUUGUUUUACCUCUCGCUUGCUGUCUAAACUGGGUCCAUAUUUCAAUUCUUCUUCUCACCAGCUUUGCACCGACUUCGGCGUACGCCUCAGUGGUUGCCAGC